GUGGAUCGCUUUGUCGCUGGUGGCAGUGCUCGUUGCCCUCUAUUACUUUACCACGAGGCAUUACAAUUUGUUCAAGAAGCAUGGAAUCGUGCACGUUCCGCCGUCACCGCUGUUUGGAAACAUGGGACCGUUCGUAACACGGCAGAUCACCAUGUCGGAUUUGAUUAAGAAGACUUAUCAAUUGGAUCCCAAAGCGAAAUACGUCGGUUUUUACGAAUUCCUCACGCCGGUAAUAGUCCUGCGCGAUCUGGAUCUGAUCAAGGCCGUCACCAUGAGAAACGUCGAACAU